AACCAACAGCUUUGCUGGAGAUGUAGGAACCUGCUCCCCUACAGAAAUGAAGAGAGAGAUCUAGAAAAAGCAAGCUGAUCCUUUUUGAGGGGCAAACUCAAGCCACAUAACCCAAGUUGAUCACAGACAGUUUUAAAGCUAAGCACUGUGCAAUUAGCUUUGCCUCCUUGGGUUUUUGAAACAUGCAUCUCUACAAACCUGCCUGUGCAGACAUCCCUAGCCCCAAACUGGGUCUGCCGAAAUCCGGGGAAUCGGCUCUAAAAUGCAGACGGCACCUCGCAGUGCCCAAGACUCAGCCUACGGCAGCCUGCGGGCCUGUUAGGCCCAGUGGAGCAGUGGAGCAGAAAUAUUUGGAAACGUUUUUGCACGUCCAUGGAAUUUCAUUGCAGAAAACCACCAAGGCCGAGACGGGCAUGGCAUACAGGAAUCUUGGAAAAUCAGGACUCAGAGUUUCUUGCUUGGGUCUUGGAACAUGGGUGACAUUUGGAGGUCAAAUUUCAGAUGAGGUCGCGGAACGGCUGAUGACAAUUGCCUAUGAAAGUGGUGUCAAUCUCUUUGAUACUGCUGAGGUCUAUGCUGCUGGAAAGGCCGAAGUGAUUCUGGGCAGCAUCAUUAAGAAGAAGGGCUGGAGGAGGUCCAGCCUGGUCAUAACAACCAAACUCUACUGGGGUGGAAAAGCGGAAACAGAAAGGGGGCUAUCAAGAAAGCAUAUUAUUGAAGGAUUAAAAGGGUCCCUCCAGAGACUGCAGCUUGAGUAUGUGGACGUGGUCUUUGCAAAUCGACCAGACAGCAACACACCCAUGGAAGAAAUUGUCCGAGCCAUGACACACGUGAUAAACCAAGGCAUGGCGAUGUACUGGGGCACUUCCAGAUGGAGCGCUAUGGAGAUUAUGGAAGCCUAUUCUGUAGCAAGACAGUUCAAUAUGAUCCCUCCAGUCUGUGAACAGGCCGAGUACCAUCUUUUCCAGAGAGAGAAGGUGGAGGUCCAGCUGCCAGAGCUCUACCACAAAAUAGGAGUUGGUGCAAUGACAUGGUCUCCACUCGCCUGUGGAAUCAUCUCAGGAAAAUAUGGAAAUGGGGUGCCUGAAAGUUCCAGGGCUUCAUUGAAGUGCUACCAGUGGUUGAAGGAAAGAAUUGUAAGCGAAGAAGGGAGAAAACAGCAAAACAAGCUAAAAGACCUUUCCCCAAUUGCUGAGCGUCUGGGAUGCACACUACCUCAGCUGGCCGUUGCCUGGUGCCUGAGAAACGAAGGUGUGAGUUCCGUGCUCCUGGGAUCAUCUACUCCUGAACAACUCAUUGAGAACCUGGGUGCCAUUCAGGCAAGUACUGCAGCUCUUUCCAAUGAACUCCAGGGAAUUUCAUGGAGCCUUUGAAAAUAUUUCCAAGCAGUGCCCCAUCUCUCCCCACCUCUGUCCUUCAGGAUGGGUGUGAGGAGUAGGAGGUGGGGACACAAAGGCUAGGAGGCAGCAGAAUAUUUUCACAGUAGAUGGAUCCUGAUAUCAGCAGGCAGGGUUCCCAAAGCUCACUUUUCAGGGCGGUUUGUUUCUGGGGGACAGUGUAUUCCAGUGUUAUACCUGGUGACUGACUUCCCAGGUCUAACCACAAGUGCCUGCUUAAUAGCUUGCUAGAAAUUUAAGUUUUGGGACAAUAUACAUACAUCUAUUCAUUUGUUCUUUCCACAAAGGUUGACUGCCAACCUGUGUGCCAAGCUCCUCCCUUCUGUUCUCUUUAGCAUCCUGCAUUCCUCCACUUAUGAUAAUAUUGCAUAAUUGCCUCCUGUUAAACUGUAAGGCCUUCAAGGUUAAACACCUCUUUCUUGCUUCUCCACUGACAUUUCAGUUCCUACUAUGUACUCCAUGGCCUUAGUUAACACUCAAGAAGUAUCUGUUGAAUGAAUGAAGAUCAUGGAGAGAAAUGGGCUCAGGGCAGCACCUGUAGCUCAAGGAGUGGGGCACUGGCCGCAUAUACUGGAGGUGGUGGGUUCAAACCCAGCCCUGGCCAAAAACUGCAAAAAAAAGAAAAGAAAAGAAAUGGACUCAAUUCUAUUUUGGGCUUCCAGGAUCACAUCUCCUUAGAAACAAACGAAGAGGCCCAUUCCCAUUCCCUAUCAGGAGAGGAAUAGGGCUUGGUGUGUGUGGGGUGGUCCCCAAAGGCCAGAUCCAGCCCUGAGCCUGCCCCACUCUCAGCAGUGCUAAAGGCCCAAGGAAUGACCCUGCCCACUAUUCUUGGCAAAGCUACCCCCUGCCAAACAGGGAAGGGUAUCUGUUUUCUGUCUGCUCACUGGGGAAUAGGAUUCUCACAGUUUCUUCCCUGUCCACUUGGCCCUGUUACUGCUCCCAGAAGGAAAUUCAGGAGGUGGGACAAACAUGAGUAAACUUAGAAGGUUUCAAGAUCUUUUUUAAAAGCAGCCCAGAAUACACUGGAAGAGUAAAUGGUAUGAAUCCCCACCCCCUUCUUAGGGCUGGGCAGCAGCGUCAUCACCUCUGCCUCUAAGAACCCCGCACAGGCCCACAAUUCCUCCUGGAUCAUGUGGGGUUCCCUGUCACUGCACGGAAAACACUCCCUCUUAUGAAUGCCACCCCAACUUCUCCUGUUUUCACUUGUGCUCUGGGAAAAGGUAAGGCUACACAGUGAUGAGGAGAUAGGGAUUGGUUUGUAUACAAAAGAACUAAAUUCAAUCCAAAGAUUUCAAUUCCACUAAUAUUUACAGAGCCCUACUCCAUGGCUGCACCGCGCUACGCAGCGGAACUACUGAGAGAAGUAGCAGCCUGCCCCCAAUGGGCUGCAGGACUGGCUGAGAAAAAGCAAAUUGAGAAAACUAUCCCUUCAAUCAUUCAGCAGAUCUCUGAAUGCCAAUUACGCGUCAGGCAUUGGAGAUAUCACAGGAAACACUGACUAAUCUCCAAGAGCUUUAUCCUUCAGUAGGAGACAGAUAAACAUACAAAACGAUUUCAGAUUGUCAAAAGCACUAUUAAGUAAACAGAAUGUGUAAUGGACUGAGAAUGGGUGGGCCUCUUUUAAAUAACAUACUUACAAGAGGUGUCUGGGAAAUACAUUUAUUCUGAGCUUUCACAAUUACUCACACGCCUUCACACAACGUGGGAAGAGCCCAGGAAAGCACAUUCCAGGCACAGGGAAGAGCAGUGCAAAGGUCCUGAGACGGGAAGGGACUUGGCUUUUUUCAGAAACGGCCAGCCUUAGGCCAGUGUGGCCAGCAUGUAGGGAGCAAAGGGGACAGCAGAUGCAUGGAAGUGAAGAGGGACUGCAGGGGUCAGGCUUUAUCCAAUGCAGGAAUCCUUUAAGAAAGGCCAUGCCAUGCUCCUAUUUGAGUGUUUAAAGAUCACUAUGUAGAAUGGAGAAUAAAGACCAAGGGCAGUGGUCCAGGCAAGAAAUGAUGGUGGCUUAGACAAGGAUGGUAGCCAUGGAGGUGAGAAGAACGGGAUGGAUUCAGCAGGUUUUGGAAAGAGAGGUUUAGCAGAAAGAGGGAGGAACUGAGAAACCCUGCCAUGCUAACAGAGGAAGAUCACGGCCAUCCCAGGAGGAGGUCAUACCCCUGGGGACAGCAGAAACAGAUGACUCCUGAGCUGAGCAUAAGAGGCUGCGGGAGGGGGCCAGGCAGGUGAGGGGAUGGGGACACUAAUUUUCUUCCCCAAUCAUUUCCUCUCUAGCAAGGCUCUACGUGUUAACAGGAUGAGGUUGGCAUCCAUCCUGAAAGGAACAUUAUCCAAGCCGCAAGCUGCUACCAUGGAGGCUCUCCAGCCUUCCCUCCCACUUUCUACUCCACCUCCCCUGCCCAGCACUGAAAAGUCCCCCCUAGACAAGCUGUGACUAAGUUGUGAUGCGGCUAAAAGCAGACUGAGUGGCAGGGAAUGCUGACAGGGGGUGGGAUUAGGCUGCAGAAAGUGGGGAGUGCCAGCAGCUGAGAAGGCAGCUGCUCCACGGAGGCCACCUUCUGGGUCAAGGUGUGCAAACACCAAAGUUAUAUAAAUCAGAUGGGAGAGACUGGAGCAGAAACCACAGCUGUGGGCAGCCCACCACUCCUUCACAGGCCUCCACAUCCCCAUGUCCACCUGAAAGUAAAAGUGGAGAGAACUGCCUCCCCCACCAGCCUUCGCCCCCUUCUGAGAUUCCAUCACUCACUUAAGAGAAGCCCAUGCUCCUCGGCAGUCAGGCCGUUCACACUCAGGCCGCACAGCCCCAUUACUCCUCCCUGAGCCCUAACAUCCCGCAGUCACACACAACUCAGAUAGAUCCCUAGAUGUAAGUGGUCCUGUGACUGUAAAGUGACCACCAUACCAGCCUGGCAAAUUCUCGUCCCGAAGUCCAGAUUAAUAGUGACCCAGUCCUGGGAGGACUUCCCCAACACCCUGCCAGCCCCAACAACACUGGCCAAUGUCCCUCACCCCAUCAAUUAUUCCAGGUGAUCUAAAACAAGUUUGCAAAACUGGCAGCCUGUGGAGUUUUUAUGAUUUGUAGCAGCUUAAAAUGUUUUAAAAUAGUUAUUAACAUUAAAAAAUGAGGUGAUUUCACAUAAAAUUCUAGAAGUAUGGCUUGAAAAGGUUGCUUUGCAACACUUUUGUUUUAUUCAAGUACUUUACAGUUUCAUCCUUUUAACGUUUAAAUCUCAUUUCUAUCAUAAAUUUAUUUUCGUAUAAUGGAGAAUUUUUCUCCUCACAUAGCUAACCCAGUGUACUUUAGACACAAAACUUCCAACAAAUCCAAUUUCCAGAUUUCGAUCUCAUUUUCACAAUCUCACUUUAAAUAACACAUUAGCUUUUAGACACUGAGACUCCAUAGCUAGUGGGAAAUCAAAUUCCUCCUUUAGCUUCCGAUAAAACAUUAACCAGAACCAAGUUUCCCAGGCUGAGUAGCUCUACUGUUCUGCCAACCCCUAAGGCUUCUGAGGAUAGUUACUGAGUGGAGACAUGGUCACUUUGGCCAACAUGAUUGCAGCAAAGGAAGGCUGAGGCUGAAACCUCAGAACUUGUCGUCUGAAUUGUAUUUCACCACACUCUCCACAUAGGGUCAGGCUAUUCCAGAAAAGUCCGCCUUUGUCCCUUGUCUCACAAUGUAAUGUGUGCCUUUGACCACUUCUCAGAACUAGCCCUGGACGAGCUCAUCUUUUCCCAAGGGUUUCAAUUAGCAUGUCCCUGGAAAUGACUCGAAAAUCAUCAACUCCAGCAUUCCUGUGCCCAAAAGUCAGUUCCACACGCAUGUCCUACAGGCACCUUAAACGCAACACAUCCUACACCAGAUUUCUUUUUUUUUGAGACAGAGUUUAUGUUGCCCUCGGUAGAGUGCCGUGCAUCAUAGCUCACAGCAACCUCAAACUCUUGGGCUUAAGCGAUUCUAUUGCCUCAGCCUCCCAAGUAGCUGGGACUACAGGCAUCCACCACACUUGUUGUUGCAGUUGUCAUUGUUGUAGCUGGCCCAGGCUGGUUCGAACCUGCCAGCCUCUACACCAGAUUUCUUAUUCCCAAACCACUUCCCCUUUAGUUUCCGAUCUCAAUCUGCACAGACACCCUUCUUGUCACUCAGUCUUGAAACCACCAAGACCCUCCAGCCUAUCUCCCAGACCUCCUCCUUUCCCACUCCAUUGCCUCUAUUCUAGGUAAGGCCUUUUUGUCUUUGGUUUGGAUUGCAAUAUGUGUCUACAAUCUGUGUUCCCGAUCUCAUCCAACUCAGACCUCCACGUGUCUGAUGGCAUUAUUCCCAGAUCACAAGUCCUAACAGGCUCCCUGCUGCCUACAAAGUUCCAACUCCACAAAAUGGCAUUUCAGACUUUCCACUCUUGACCCCAAUUUCCCUAUCCCUGGUUCUUACCACCCCGCACCUUCACUACUCACCCUGUACUUGUUACCACUCCAUUUCACUUUCUCAUGCUAGUCCGUCUAGCUGGGACACCUAUCAAACCCUGGCCAUCCUUCACUAAGUUCUCUACCGAGUCCCCAGACCUGAGCUCUCUGCACAGAGCUUCUUGUCUCCAGACACCUUCACGCACACAUGGCCAGGCAGUGCAUAAAAACUGGUUGGUACAUGUGGAAUAGGCUGUAAGCAGAAAAUGUUCACAAGAUUUGAAAGACUAGUAUAAAAACAAAAAGGUAAAGCAUUGCAUUUUCUGUACUGAUUGCAUGUUGAAAUGAUGCUUUGGCUAUAAUGACUAAAAACAUGUAUUAACUUUACCUGUUUCUUUUUACUUCUUUAAGGUAGCCACUAGAAAAUUUAAAAUUACAAAUAUGGCUUGUAUUAACUUUCUAUGAGCCUUCAUAUACACCUUAGGCCUUCACUUAUGCAAAGUUGACAGUCCAGCUGUGGUUUAUGACUGUGUACAAGUCUGGAAGACUUUGCUUAAUAAAAAGCAAGAAAAACAGGCUCGGCACCUGGAGCUCAGCGGCUACAGCGCCAGCCAAGUACACGGGAACUGGCAGGUUCAAACCCAGCCUCAGUCUGCCAGACAAUGACAACUGCAACCAAAAAAUAGCCAGGUGUUGUGGCAGGCGCCUGUAGUCCCAGCUACUUGGGAGGCUGAGGCAAGAGAAUCGCUUAGGCCCAGGAGUUGGAGGUUGCUGUGCAGGGUGACGCCACAGCACUCUACCCAGGGCGACAGCUUGAGAUUCUGUCUCAAAAAAAAAAAAAAGAAAGAAAGAAAAAAAAACAAGCACAACAAACAGCACUAACCACAUCCCUUGUACUUCUCCUCUUGCUCUCAGGUCCUCCCAAAGAUGACAUCGCAUGUGGUAAACGAGAUUGAUAAUAUACUACGCAACAAGCCCUACAGCAAGAAGGACUACAGGUCGUAGGCAGUGCGUGUGCCGCAGAAGCUGCAUGGUCACGACAGCGGCCGCGCCCCGUACCGAGUGCUGUUACUAGCCAAUCUCCUGAAUCACUUUGCAGUCCACUGCUCAACCUCUAGUGUCCCUGGACUCUCUGAGGUAUCUGCUGUUGCUACCACUGUGCACAUCUGAAAACUCACAACCAAGAAAAUCUGUUCUAUUUUCUUACCUUGGACUGGACUCACCUAUUCUUGCAUCGCUCUGUACAGCUCAUGCCGAUGCAGUGGAGAGAAUAUGGGGGAAAGAUGUGUUGCCUUCAGGCACCUGGUACCCCAAAGAAGGCUGUACAGAUAUAUUUUUUCAAAAGAACAAAAUACACAGAUGCAACUUGAAUGUAUAAGAAACAGAGUAGGAUAUCUUCACUCGGAAGUAUUGCUUGGGAGAAUAAGCUGAAACAAUUUUACAUUUUUUUCCUAUCUUUACACAUUCAUUAUCAGCAAGUUUUGUUUCACUGGUCAUUAAUCUGCUUUAUUACCUUUCAAAUAUUUACUAUUGCUUGGAUCCAAAAUGGCCCUGUACAAGAAUUUAUCCAGUGUGUUUAUUAGAAUUCCAAUAAUGUUAUCCAUUUACAUAUAGAGACAUUAUGGGUAAUUUAUGAAAGCAAAGGUUACACUGCUAUGGGAACUUAGCUUUAAACAAAUCACAAUGUAUCUGCAGUUAAGUGUUGUUUUACCUUUUAUUAAAACUUGCUUUAUAGUUCAACUGCUUAUAGGCAUAACUUCUGCAAGUUUCAAUAUUUGAGCUUUAAAAAUAAAUAUACACAUGCUCAUUUUGUAAGUAAACCUGUAAAAUACCUAAAAAGGCAAAUGUUCAGCUUCAUUAGCACUGGACUUUCAAUAUAAUGCUUAGGAUUUGGGAGGAGUUAUUAACAGUGAACCAUAGGCUUUAUGAAAAAUGCUAUGUUCCUCCUCAGAAUAUGCUAGGUGAAUUAACUUGCCCAGUAAAAAGCAAAAUGUUAAAGAACUUCCUGAUUCUAUAAUCAUAUUAUAUGCACCAAACUGUAAACGCAUGAAAGUUCUCUGCAUGGAUUAAAGGGUGCACUUAGCGUCUGCGGUACAUCUAGCCCUGCUACUACUGGCUACUUACCCCCAUUACUGUCCCACUUCAGAAAAAUCGUGAGACUACAGUGUGCGUUGCUAUCUGUAAAAAGGGAGAAAACAUGUUUUUCUUUCUUGAGAUGGGGGUGGUCCUUUAACUCUUAUGUAGAAAUUCUAGGAUGGACAAAUUCUAAUUUUCUGAUCAGUUUCCUCAUACAGAAAUUAUUUUGAGAUUUACGGAAUAUAUCAUUUUAAAAUGUUAUUUUCUGUCCAGAUCUAUGUCAAGAUUAAGUUCUAUUCUUAAAAUGUUAGGGGAAGACAUUUAACAAAUUUUCUUUUUGAUUACUACUACCUGUAUGCUAAUAAAAGUUUGGACUUUGUUUUGCCCAAGAAUGUCAGAUUAAUGAUGGAAAUGGAUCAUUUUUUCGGUUGUUCAUUGUGUAUUCAAACCAGUGAACUACUGUAUAUAUAAAUGAGCUGAGGGGUGUCUCCUGGGAAACGCAACUGAACUUACUUGCUUAGAGUAAUAAAAACAUUUUGUGCAUCCAACCUCA